AGCUAAGAAGAAAAAUGGCGUCUGCAGGCGACCCAGAGCGGGACACCGGCCAUUCAGUUUGAGCUUUCCGCCCUUAAAUUGAGACCGGGGCUUGGGGAAGACUCGUCGGGAACCGUCUCCGGAUCCGUUGGGCUCCUUCUCCCCCGCUUUUCUCUGGAGUGCGUGGCUUACUCGAGCUCCGAGAUUGAAGCGGAACAGAAAAGACUCUCUCCCACAAUGAGGGGGAGACGAGGAAGGCCGCCCAAACAAGCAGCCGCGAUGCGGGAAGGAUCACCCGGGCCAGUCCGCGGCUCCAGGGGUAGCAGGAGUAGAGGGAUGCGUGGGCGGGGAAGAGGCAGAGGACGCGGCCGGGGAAGGGGUGCGAGUGGCGGCGUUUGUGGCACUGGCUCCGCGGAAGUGGAUACAGAAAUCUCCGGUCGAGAGAACUUUCAUUCGACCCGGGGCCGCAAGAAAGUUGGAGCCUCAACCACCACAGCGGCGGCGGCGGCGGCAUCGCGGAGCAGAGGAGCCAGAUCGAGAGGCAGGGGGUCGAGAGGCAGCCGCGGCGGUAGAGGCGGAGUGAGGCGGCCUCAGACCAAAGUGGUCUACGACGACAACAGCGACGAGGAGGAUGAUAAUUUAAGCUACAGGUCAGACGAUGAUGAACUAAUGAACGACAACCCUUCGUCCGAUCUCGAAGAGGAGGAGGCCUUGGGAAACGAAUCGGACUAUCUGGAGGAACUACCGGAUGAUGAUGAUGCCAGCUACUGUACCGAGAGUAGUUUUCGGAGUCACAGCACGCUCGGUAGCACCCCAGGUAGGAGAAAGAGCCGGGCGUUGCGACCGCAGUCUCCUAUCUUUGAGGCAAAGGACAUUCCUUCCAUGGAGCUUCCCAAGUCAUCUGAGGACCUCCAGGUUCCUACCUCACAGCUCCUCAACGUGUCCGCCGUCUACGAGGUCCUCCGCAACUUCGGCUCGGUGCUGCGGCUCUCGCCGUUCCGCUUCGAGGAUUUCUGUGCCGCGGUGGCCAGCCAGGAGCAGUGCACGCUGUUGGCAGAGACCCACAUCUCCUUGCUCAAAGCUAUUCUCAGAGAGGAGGACACUUCGAACACCACGUUCGGCCCCACAGACGUGAAGGACUCUGUGAACUCCACCUUGUAUUUUGUGGACGGUAUGACCUGGCCGGAGGUGGUGCGGGCGUACUGUGAAAGCGACCCGGAGUACCGGCACAUUCUGCCUCUGCAGGAGUGCGAGGAUUACCCGUUCGAGCCGCUCGAGAGCAAAAUCAAAGUGCUCCAGUUUUUGGUGGACCAGUUCCUGGCGACCAACAUCGCCCGCGAGGAGCUGAUGUCGGAAGGCGUGGUCGCCUACGACGACCACUGCAGGGUGUGCCACCGCCUCGGCGACCUGCUGUGCUGCGAGACGUGUUCGGCCGUUUACCACCUGGAGUGCGUGAAGCCGCCUCUGCAGGAGGUGCCGGAGGACGAGUGGCAGUGUGAGGUGUGCGUGGCCCACAAGGUCCCCGGCGUGGCCGACUGCAUCCCGGAAGCGCAGCGGAGCAAACCGUUCAUCCGACAGCUGCCAGUCGGCUUCGAUCGACACCAGCGGAAGUACUGGUUCCUUAACCGCCGCAUCGUCGUCGAGGAGGAUGGCGACCAGGAGGACAAAGCCAUCUGGUACUACAGCACCAAGGUCCAGCUGGCCGAGCUCAUCAACUGUUUGGAUAAGGAGUACUGGGAGGGCGACCUGUAUGCAGCGCUUGAGGAGAUAAGGGACGAGGUGCACGCACACAUGGACAUCACCGAGGACCUGACCAACAAGGCCCGCGGCAGCAAUAAGUGUUUCCUCACUGCCGCUAACGAGGAGAUCCUGGAUCGGUUGCGGGCUAAGAAGGAGGAGGAGCUGGAGGAGGUGAAGAGACGGGCUGCUGAGGAGGCGCAGAAAGCGCGGAUGGAGAAGGAGAAGGAAGACGAAGAGGCCAAGAUGAGGGACGGGGGACAACAGGAGGACCAGAUCAAACAUGUGACAGAGGAGGGGGAGACUAAAGGAGAGGCCACAGAGGAGAAGAAGGAUGGUGAAGCUGUUGAAGCUCCGCCCACUGGCCAAGGUGGCAGUAGUGGCAGUAGCAUCUCAGACGGACCUACACUUACGGCAGGCUCUGCUCCGGCACAAACCCUCCCCACCGCCGCGGGCUAUGGCCAGGCCGCCGAGGCUCCAAAGAACUCGGCUCUUCUGAUAGCGGGAUGUUCCCAUGCGAAGGUCUCUAACCACACCGAAGAAAACACUCCGUCGGACUCUGUCCCUGUCUGUGGUGAUGGCAUCCCCAGCCUGAACCAGCCACCCCAGAGCAGCGAGGAGAACAGUGACAGCAGCACGGCAGCCCGGGUCGCUCCCCAAGGACCUGAACCUCCAGACCUGGCCGACAAAUCCUCCCAGUCAUCCAUGGCCAGCCUCGAUGAAACAGGAGAUGGCAAAGACUCCACUAACGGCGAGGCGGGUCUCGGCUGCAGGAAGUCUGCUGCCACUCGCAUGGUGACCCGGCUCAGGAACCCGGACAGUAAGCUCAGCCAGAUGAAGAACCAACAGGUGGCCAACAAGGGUUUCAAAGAGGUACUAGUAGUAAAUGCACAAGGUGACGUCACUCGUGUGACAACACGGGCCAAAGAGAUGAUGAUGAAGGGGACUCACAGCCAAUACUUCAAGCUCGGCCAGGAGGGAAAAUACCGUGUCUAUCAUAACCAGUACAGUUCCAACACUGUGGCCCUCAACAAACACCAGCACAGAGAGGACCACGACAAGAGGCGGCACCUCUCCCACAAGUUCUGCAUGACACCAGCAGGGGAGUUUAAGUGGAACGGGUCUAUCCAUGGCUCCAAGCUGCUGACCAUCUCCACACUGAGAAUCACCAUCAUCCAGCUGGAGAACAACGUUCCUUCGCCGUUCAUGCACCCUAACUGGGCCUCACACAGGACCAAUUGGAUCAAAGCUGUUCAGAUGUGCAGUAAAGCCAGAGAGUUUGCACUGGCUCUGGCCAUCCUGGAGUGUGCCAUCAAACCUGUGGCCAUGCUGCCUCUCUGGAAGGACUCACUGGGCCAUACCAGGUUAAAUCGCAUGACUUCCAUGGAGCGCGAGGAGAAGGAGAAAGUGAAGAAGCGGGAGAAGAAGCUGGAAGAUGAGGAGACAAUGCAACAGGCCACCUGGGUCAAGUACACGUUUCCCAUCAAGCAUCAGGUGUGGAAGCAGAAGGGAGAGGAGUAUCGCGUUACGGGCUAUGGCGGCUGGAGUUGGAUCAGUAAGACCUACGUGCAGCGGUUUGUCCCCCGGCUGCCCGGCAACACCAACGCGAACUACCGCAAAGAACUGGAAGAUGCCAAACUUGGCAAGAAAUGUACCCUGUUGGAUUUAAGUCGACAUCACAGUGUGGCUGCACCAGGAGCUCAGCAAGCUGCCAUGCCAAGCGGUGAGGCAAAAGAUCAAGACCUCUCUAGCCUCUCCAAGUCUGCACCGGAUCCUCCGAUGUCUGUUGAAGAGUCUAACGAGAAGAUGGAAGAGGAAAAGAAAGAAGAGGUGGAUGAAAAGCCUGCAGAGAUGGAGGUGGACCCCACUGACUCCCGAACAGAGGAAAUGCAAAGGCCGAGUCUUCAGCAAGCAAAUGCCUCCGUGAAGGAGGAGCCCACGGGGAGCCCUACACGACCCUUUAACUACGACGUAGUGGAUGUCAGCCAAGGCUUCCUCACCCGCGUCGCCUACAAGAAGAAGGUCAAGUCCUCCAAGCUGGACAUCCUGCUGGAGCGACGAGUGAAGCAGCACGUCAUUGAGGAGAGGCAGAGGCAGCAGGUGUCUGCCCCCAAAUGUCAGACCCUCGCGCCAGUUUCGGCCAUUUUAAACCCUGCCGCGAGCACUCCCGUCCGGCCGCGGCCCCCACUCAAGCCCGGAACUCUUGCCCAGGCACAGCUGGCGCUGGGCAAAGCUGUGAAAGUGGAGGAGAAAUCUUCCACACACACUCCGUCGGCAGAAAAACUCGGCGGAGGUGAAGUCAAAGGGGAGAUUGAGCCUGAACUCUCUAAAACUGCAGAUGAGGCUGCCUCUCCUCUUCCUUCUCCCGUUCCAGACUCCACUAACAAAGACAGUUGCAGCGCGGCAACACAAAACCAAACUGCCUCCAUACCUCAGGUAUUGGAGGCAGACUUGGUGGAAAGGACUAUGGGGUCAAACGAAACUGAUCAGAGCAAAAGAGACUGUUCAGGGCAAGCGGGUGUCACAUUGCCUGUUGCAGCAGCAGGGGGGGUUCAUAGCUCUUUAGAGCCACAAACAGCCAGUGUAUCAUCAAAUGUUACCACGGCUGCACAUGUUGAAAAUACAGGGUCUGAGGUACCCGACUUGACAUCAGACUCUCUGAGAACAUCGUGUCUGCUUAACCAGAUAAGCAGUCGAAGCACAUCUCCUUCUAAAGGUAUCCAGCAAAACCCAGAACACGUGAGUUCAUUGCAUUCAUGUACAGAGGAGAACGGCACGGCGCAACAGGAGAACCGAGAAAAUGUGCACGGUGCUGGACGAGGUAGACCCGAAGCCAACGGCACUGCCGAGCCAGUUUCUGCUCUCCCUCAGGUCAACGGCAACGAUGGCUUGUCGAGUAAUUCUGUGAUGAGCUCAAAUAACGGUGUGCUUCCCAGUGGUCCACAACCCACGGCGAACCGCAUCGGUAAACUGGAAGAGCGAGGGCCGGUCGUCAAGGACGGCCCACAGCUGAAGCCUUUGGUGAACGGAGAUUUGGCCCCUCCCAGUGACCGUAGCGAGGUCGGGGACGAGCCACCGGGCCUGGCUUCUAAGGUAGAGCUGAAGAGCCACACAACCAUGUCAGACCAGGAUUACAAACCCCCACUGAAGAUGAGGAGGCUGGAGAACAACGUGGAAGCCCUCGGAGCGAAUAGUCAAAGCGCCCCGCAGCGCAGUCUGCAGCCGGCAGAGACGAAACCCACUCCUGUGCUCAAGAUCAUCCGGAUGUCCCCGUCUCCCGUACCUCCAGCGGAAGACUGCAGCCUGAGCGACGAGGAGAACGGCAACACCGGGGCGACAGAAGCGGCCAAGACCAUCGUCACCCAAGUGACCACCACCUCCACAACCACCACAACUGUAGUUUCCACGCAGACGAAGACGGCCAAAGCGCCGCGGAGCGCAUCUGGAGGGGUCGCCGAGGCCGAGGCGUCGCUGACGGAGAACAGCGCGGUGUCCACGCUGACCACCAUGACCAAAACCACCGUGACCAAGAUCUGUUCCCCCGGGCCCGACGCUCAGUCGGAGGACAGCCAGGGCGAGACGGUGACGCGGGAAGAGAAGACGGCGCUCUCGGCCUGCGUCAGUAAGUCCACGAGGGACUUCUCGGCGUCGGUCGCCGUGAGCCUCGAGGCGACGAAGGGCCGCGUCCGCCUCCUCAAGUUCUCCCGCACCAAGAAGACCCGCUCGGACACGGCGCUUCCUUCGUACCGCAAGUUCGUCACCAAGAGCAACCGCAAGAGUAUUUUCGUCCUGCCCCACGACGACCUGAAGGUGCUGGCGAGGAGAGGCGGAUUCCGCGAGGUGUCCAUCUUCAGCUACAACUCGAAGCCUGCGCUGGACAUCUGGCCUUAUCCUUCGCCGAGGCCCACGUUUGGCAUCACCUGGAGGUAUCGCCUGCAAACAGUGAAGUCUUUGGCUGGCGUGAGCCUGAUGCUGAGGCUACUGUGGGCCUGUCUGAGAUGGGACGACAUGGCCGUCAAACCGUCCGCUGCUGUCGGCACCAUACGGACAGAGACUUCGGAGACUGAAAUCACCACCACAGAGAUCAUCAAGCGUCGCGACGUGGGAUCCCACGGCAUUCGCUCGGAGUACUGCAUCCGCAAAAUCAUCUGCCCCCUGGGACUGCCUGAGACUCCCAAAGAAACCCACACCCCACAGAGGAAGGGCCUGCGCUCCAGUGCUCUGCGCCCCAAGAAGCCCGAGCCGGCAAAGCAGACGGGCCCAGUGGUGAUUGAGAGCUGGGUGGCUGAGGAGGAGCUGGACCUCUGGGAGAUCCGAGCCUUCUCAGAAAGGGUGGAGAAAGAGAAAGCUCAGGCGGCAGAGCAGGCCAAGAAACGCCUGGACCCGAAAACGGGGACGGUCACGGCAACCCCAACCGGGACUCCUGCCACACCCAUCAUCACGCCCAAAGUCAUCGUCGGCUCACUGUCAGGCCAGGGAACCCCCAACACCAAGGUGGUACUGUCCGCCAAGAUGGGCACCCCCGUCACAUUCCAGCAGAACAAAAACUUCCAGCAGUCGUUUGCCACCUGGGUCAAGCAGGGUCAAAGCACGCAAGGAGCGGAGACCAACGUGGCCACGUCUGGUGGACACACCUUCCAGAUCACGGGGACCUCGGUGGGCGGAAAGGUAGUGACCACCAAGCUGCCGCUGCCCGCCAACAGCAAGAUCGUCACAGUCAACGUGCCGACUUCCCAAGGAGGUGUGGUGCAACAGAAGGUGUUGGGUAUCAUCCCCUCCAGCACGGCAGGUGGUGCCCAGACCUACACCACAUUCCAGCCCCGCACCACCACACUCAACAUCAGUCCCAACACUCCCGGCUCGCAGCAGCAGGUUCUGGCUGCUGGUGGUCAGAUCCGCCCAGGAAUGACAGUGAUCCGCACACCGAUGCAGCAGACGGGACCAAUGGGGAAGACGAUACUCCGCUCGCCGCUCGUGGUCCAGCAAGGUCAGGGCGGACAACAGGUGGUGACGCAGAUCAUUCGCGGCCAGGCGGUUUCCACGGCAUUAUCUGGCGCCAGCCCCGUCGCCACGGUCACAGGCCAGGGGGCGACCAACGCCACCCUGUCAGGGCAAGCGGCAGGCCAAACACCCCCUGGGACCCCACGGGCACAGGGGCAAGGCCAGGUGAAGCUCACGCUGGCGCAGCUCACCCAGCUAACACAGAAGCAGCAGGCCGGCUCAGCUGUGGAUCGGCAGGCUGGUGUGGGGGCUACCCAGCCGGCUCUGACGGUGAUGGUUCAGGGCCAGGGCCAGACCACCGGUCAGCUGCAGGUCAUACCUCACGGGGUCACCGUCAUCCCAGGACCCGGUCAGCAGCUCAUGCAGGCCGCUCUGCCCAACGGCCAGAUGCAGCGCUUCCUCUUCACCCCAUUGGCCUCCGCUGCUGCACCCACAUCAAGCACGGCCAGCACCGUGCCCAGCUCCACCUCCACCAAAACCCCAGCACAACCCGCUCAGCAGGCUGCCGCCCCUGUCCAGGCAGGAGCAGCCCCCUUGGCCACCACCAGCACCCCUUCGUCGGCCACCCCACAGGGACAGCUACCCCCUCAGACGCAGGCCCACAUGCCCAUCCAGUCCCCCACCUCGCUGCAGGUGAAAACGCAAGGAGGAACCACCCAGCUGCAGCUGCAGCAGACACCUCAGAUCAUCGGCAUGUCUGGAGUGCAGCAGCAGGUACAGGUGUUGGCGCAGCUGCAGGCUCAGCAGGGUGGAGGCUCUCUUCCACAGCACAUCAAGCUGCAGCUUCCUAUCCAGAUACAACAGACUGCGACCACCUCAGCUCAGGGAGGACAGAUUGGGAACGUGGUGACCAUCCAGGCAGCUUCUGUCCAGGAACAGCUUCAGAGGAUUCAGCAGCUCAGAGAACAGCAGCAGCAGAAGAAGAAACAAGCCGCCGAAGCCAAGCGAGAGCAAGCCUUCAACGCAGCCAGCCAAAGCGACAUCAUUCAGAAGCAGGUGGUCAUGAAACAAAACGCUGUGAUUGAGCAUCUGAAGCAGAAGAAAACCAUGACGCCUGUGGAGCGAGAGGAGAACCAAAGGAUGAUCGUAUGCAACCAGGUGAUGAAGUACAUCCUGGACCGGAUAGACAAGGAUGAGAGGCAGGCCACCAAGAGGAAGAAGAAGGAAGAGGUGAUGGAGGCAAAAAGGAGGUUGGCCAACGCCAGCAAGCUCUCGUCGCUCCUUUACCGGCACAAAGAAAGUCUCAAGAUGGAGAUCCUGAAGAAACGGGCGCUCCUCGACAAGGAGCUGCAGCUAGAAGCCCAGGAGGAGCUAAAGAAGGACCUGCUGCGGAUGCGGAGGGAGAAGGAGAGAGCUCAGGCUGCGGCCCAACAGGCAGCUCAGGCCGCCGCCGCCGCCGCCCACAACCAGCAGCAACAUCCUCCGGCACACAAGCAAGGCAUCCCCCCCCCACACCACCUGAGCCCGACCGCCGCACACAAGAGGAAACGGGAGGAGGAGCGGGAGACCGCUACGUCAGCCAAGUCCAAGAAGAAAAAGAUGAUCUCGACCACGAGCGCCAAAGAGAGCAAAAAGGAAAUCAAGCUCUACUGCGUCUGCAAGACGCCCUACGACGAGACUAAGUUCUACAUUGGCUGUGACCUGUGUACAAACUGGUAUCAUGGAGACUGUGUGGGCAUCACGGAGAAGGAGGCCAAGAAGAUGGACGACUACAUCUGUGUGGAAUGCAAACGGGGUCAGCAGGUCAGCACGGAGGAGCUGUACUGCAUCUGUCAGACGCCGUACGACGAGUCUCAGUUCUACAUCGGCUGUGACCGCUGUCAGAACUGGUACCACGGUCGCUGUGUGGGCAUUCUGCAGAGCGAGGCCAACCACAUCGACCAGUACGUGUGCCCGCAGUGUCAGUCGACGGAGGACGCCAUGACGGUCUUCACGCCGCUCACCGACAAGGACUACGAGGGCCUGCGGAGAAUCCUGCGGUCCUUACAGGCACAUAAAAUGGCGUGGCCGUUCCUGGAGCCGGUGGACACAAACGACGCCCCGGACUACUACAGGGUUAUCAAGGAACCAAUGGACCUUUCCACCAUGGAGGAGAGGUUACAGAAGCGCGAGUACAUCAAGCUGACCGAGUUUGUAGCCGACAUGACCAAAAUCUUUGACAACUGCCGCUACUACAACCCCAGUGACUCGCCCUUCUACCAGUGUGCCGAGGUUCUGGAGACCUUCUUUGUCCAGAAGCUCAAAGGGUUCAAAGCCAGCAGAUUGUGAUGUCAAACUCCUGGGUGCCUGGGUCACUCUUAAGACAGACUAAACAAUAAUUUGCUAUACCCGCGGACGUUGCUGUUUUUACUUGUUUAAAACGGCCUGUAGGACGUCGCAAGAAAGGGCAAAUAUUAAGUCACACUGUAGGUGUGGUCAUUUUUAUUUUAGCAAGCAAAGGAAAUGAAAAAUACAUUUCUACUGUUUAGCAAUGGCAGCCAUGUUGGUAACACACAACAUUCGAAGAAAAAAAAGUUAUUUUCUUACAUUUCCUGCAACAGAGGACUGAUAUUUUGUGUAUCGUUGAGUUACACAGAGACAAAAUAUGAAGUUUGUUGUUCUUUCUUAUAUUUUUCCAAAAAAACACACAGAUAAGGAAUCUCUAACUCUACAGAAUCUUUGUUUAUUCGUAUCGGUCAUAACAUGCUGCAGCCGGACACUUUUACCUCAAUUCUUACCCAAGAAUUUUAAAGCAUGCAACAUUUAUCAGUUUAUUUUUAUUGGCUCUACCCAAGUAUGUUAUUUUAUGUGCAUAUUAUCGCUUUGCCAAGGACUAUUUUUUUAUUUUCUAAAAGAAAUAAUGGUAGGAUCUGUAAAGAUGGAUUGGAGAAAGAUAUAGUUUAGCUUUCCUGUUCUAAAUAUGGCGAGCUUGACAGUCUCCAGUUCAAAGGAAAGGUCCUUGUCCUUGUACAUACACUGUUGGGCUGACAUCACAUCGUACAUAACAUCUCACCAACAUGGCUGCUCGGUCUAUGUCAAAGUGUCUGACCCACUGGCAUCCAAUUCAUGUUUUUUUUUUUUUUUUUUGUAUUUCCCCUAGUGCAUAUUUUUGUCAUAUUGUAAAGCUUUUAAUAAAAAAAAAAGGAAACACCAAGAAGUUUUCCAACUGUUUUCUU